CGCAUCCGUGAGAAAGCCUACUCUCGUUGCACCAGUCGCUCGCUAAUUUCCGCCUGACACAGCCAACUCGCUCAGGCCAACCAUCACCGAUACGAUCUCGAAUUGCCGGACAGAAAGUAACACUGGAGCCUUCCGUAGGUCGGUUGACGAAUCGUUAUUCGAGACGCUCCAAAAGUUCAGAGCGAGAGGGCUCUUUCGCUCUCCGUCAUAGGCAACUUCCUUACUUCUCUUGCAGCGUUCGAGCACACUUUCAAGGACAAUCAUGGAUAUGUCCAUCUCAUGUUGUCGAACGUGCGACAAUCGUAAUCAUGCCAUUCACACAUCCCCAUCAAACCCCUCGCCUGUCGAUGUUUGCCUCAUUGCACUUGCGUUCAAAGAGGACGUGUCCCCUCACACGAAUUCCUACAAGGCGUUGAACACCCUACUGAACGACUUUAUCGAUGGAGCCGACUCCUCCUCACAUCUGUCAGCAUUUACGUCAUGGUCACCGUGUUUGUCAGACCCAAGGACUGCUGUUGUAGUAACGACCGCGAGCGAGACGUGUUCGAACUCCGCCAACUUGAUCUACAACGACAUCUUUGGGUUCCUUACACGCCCUCCAAGCAUACAACAUGUGUAUCUCGAUUACUCCAUUCUAUCUCUUGCUUCGUCAUCGCUAGAGCAGAGGAUACUGUGCGAUCUUAUGACCCUGAGAGCACCGACUUCCGGCAUCGCUGCAGCGAUUGGCAAGCACUUUGGUUGGGAGCUGCUUUUAGUCGACCGAGCGAUCUGAUCAGGGAUUUAUGGGCUUGGGCCGAGCUGCCACACUGUGGCCGGAUAUCGCGACCCAGCGCGCUCGGAUCAAGGAGUACGCACCUGCAUGCACCAUUGUUGAGCACCAAUUCGGAUGAGAAGAAUAUGUCGCUCUGUUAUGAGGAAGACUAGGAUGAGGAAUUUGACGAGGCAGACGAAGAGGCGUUGAUUAUGAUCUUCCAGUGGCACGACCAUGUGGCUGCAGAUCGGUUCAAACACCCUCUUCAGAAAAGCUACGGUCCCAACGGGGAACCUGUCAGGGAUGAUAUGUGGGGUGAGCAUGUCGCACGUCCGGUGCGGCACUUUCGAAGCCACGGCGCAAAGCUGGAGAUAUAUAAGCUUGAGCUGAGAGGUGUGGAGCCUAGACUGCAGACGAGGAUGCGGUCAGGCUCGAAAAUGGCUGGUGGAGAGAGAAGUGGAAGUAAACGCCUCAGUUUGAUGGCC